AUGCAUGCAGCCUCUCUCCUCGCCUCCGCCCUGCUGCUCUGCUGGGUCGCUGCCCCCCAGCCCUGCCAGCCCGAGACGCUCUUCCACAGCCGGGACCGCUCCGACCUGGAGCCGGCCCCCCAGCGCCGGGCCAAGCCCAUCACCGACCACCACGCCGCGCAGCGCUUCCUCUCCAAGUACGGCUGGACCGAGGCCCCGGGGGCCAGGGGGGUCAGCCCCGAGGAGCCCCCCGCCGCCACCCUGGCCGAGGCCGUGCGCAGGUUCCAGGAGGCGAAUGCGCUGCACCCCAGCGGGGAGCUGGACGCACCUACACUGGCCGCCAUGAACCGGCCGCGCUGCGGGGUCCCCGACAUGCAGCCUCUGCCGAGGACAGCGGUCACUAUGCCCGGGGGGCCCCGACUUGAGACCUCCCUGCCCAGGACACCCCUGGCCCGGCCCCGACGCUUCCUGCCCCUGCUGGCUGGGACCCCCGUGCACCAGGCCGCCUCGUCCAGCGGGCAAGGCCGGGUCUUCGCCAAGAGGACGCUGAGCUGGAGGCUGGUGGGUGAGGCGGCGAGCGGGCAGCUGGCGGAGGCCGAGCAGAGGCGGGUCUUCAGGCUGGCCUUCCGCAUGUGGAGCGAGGUGGUGCCGCUGGACUUUCGGGAGGACCUGGCCGGGCCAGCGGCCGACGUGGACAUCAGGCUGGGCUUCGGGCGAGGCCGGCACCUGGGCUGUCCACGUGUGUUUGACGGUAGUGGGCAGGAGUUUGCGCAUGCCUGGCGCCUAGGCGACAUCCACUUUGAUGAGGAUGAACACUUCUCGCCCCCCAACAGUGACGCCGGCAUCAGCCUGCUCAAGGUGGCCGUCCACGAAAUCGGCCACGUGCUGGGCUUGCCGCACUCCUACAGGCCCGGCUCCGUCAUGCGGCCUAACUACACGCCCCGGGAGCCGGCCUUCGAGCUGGACUGGGCCGACCGCAAGGACAUUCAGAAGCUGUACGGCUCCUGCGAAGGCGCCUUCGACACGGCGUUCGACUGGGUCCGCCGGGAGCGGGGCGGCCGCGGCCGGCCGGCACUGAGGUUCAGCACCUACUUCUUCCGCCGGGGCUGGUACUGGCUGUACGAGAACCGGAACAACAGGACGCGCUACGGGGACCCGCUGCCCAUCCCGGCCGGCUGGCAUGGGCUCCCCGCUCUCAGCCCCGACGCCUUCGUGCACGUGUGGACGCCCGGGAGGGACGAGCGCUACUUCUUCAAAGGAAACCAGUACUGGAAGUACGACAGCGACAAGGACCAGACGCACAAGGAGGACGAACGAGGGAGACGCUACCCCAGGCCCAUCUCCGAGGGCUUCCCCGGCAUCCCCAGCCCCCUGGACACGGCCUUCUACGAGCGGAGAGAGCGGCUCAUCUACUUCUUCAAGGAGUCUCUGGUGUUCGCCUUCGAUGUCAACAGGAACCGGGUGCUCCACUCCUACCCCAAGAAGAUCACGGAGGCCUUCCCGGAAGUGCAGCCCGGGGACCACCCCGCGAGGAGCAUCGACUCGGCCUACUUCUCUUACGCACACAAGGCCGUCUUCCUCCUCAAGGGCAGCGCCUACUGGCGGGUGGUGAGUGAGGCGGACAGACGGCAGCGGCCCUGGCUUCCUCCCAACGGCCUGCUGCCCAGGCGGCCCAUCUCAGACCGCUGGUUCGACGUCUGCGACGUCCACGCCUCCACCCUCAGCAUGUGA